AUGAUUGACUCAUAAUUCGUAGAACAUCGUUAAUCUAAAAUUGAUAAUUCUAUUAUGCCAAAAUCUAGACAUCUUAUUGUGAUGAAUUAAUUAAAGAAAAAAGUAUAUAAAAAUAAAAUAUAAUUAUUUUUAGGAAGAAAAUUGGAAUAAUAGAUUUUAUGUUUAAAAAUAAAUAAAGAAUUAAUCAGUUGAGAAAUCUUAACCAACACUUACUCAAUAUUAUUCAAAAUUGAUUGAAGUUUAAGAUUUUCACAAUAUUCCAGAUUUUCAUAGGUAAUGUAACUUCAAUAUAUUUAGAAAACUAUUCUUAAUGUGUCUUAGAACACUUCCAAAGAUUAAAUAAGCUAUUCAAUUUGAAAUAGAAGAAAUAUCAUUAAAAAAAUCACAUAUUUAAGUAAAAUUCUUAUUCAUAUCAUCAUAAGUAAUGUAUGUAAACAAUUGAAGCCAGAGAAAAAUGCUUUAAUGUUAUAUUAAAUCAUAUUUAAUUAAUUCAAUAGAAUCCUAGAGAUUAAUAAUUAAUAUCUAAAAGUGCAGAAUUAAUCACUCAUUUAAGAAUACUUUCAAUAAGUGUGGUAGAGUCAAUAAUUGGUUGGAGGUAGUACCUUAUGAAGUUUUUAGUGAAUAUUCAUUCUUCAGAGAGUAUUUAGUUACCCUACAUUUAUUUUAAUGAAAACUAUUUAAUCAAGGUGCAUUAAUUAUUUAUCAAUAGAUGAAAAAAGAUGUAUUAUACAUAUAAAAUUCAGUACUCUCAUACUUUUAUUAAUUUUCAAAUAAAUCUGAUCCAUUUUUUGUUACUAUUACUAAACCUACUAAUGAUCCUAAUAAAAUUGUUUAAUUUAUAUCUAAACCCCUUCUUAAAAGAAUUAAGAAUUGUGAAUAUCUUAUUUAACAAGAAAUGUCUUCAAUUACAAAGGAAGAUAAGUCAUUUUAAAAUUAAAUAAAUUCAAAAGAUUAAAUGAGAAUGGGUCCAGAAAAAACUAUAUAAAUUAAUCAUUUUAGACUACCUAAAAGACCAGAGAUCAUUUAGAAUUAAAAUGUAUAAUUUGUAUUAAAAAUUUUUUAGAGACCAAUUAUCAAAUAACUUGAUCCAACUGAUUUUACAAAUUAAACAUCUGGCUCUAUUUCUAAAAAUAUUUAAUAAAAAUAACCUAUUAUAUAAACAAUAAAUAAUCAAGAAAAAAAAUAGUUAAAUAAAAUUUAACCUAAUUAAACGUAAAAUGAUUAAGCUAAAUAAUCUGAAAAAUAAUCUAUUUAAUAAAAUAUUGAUUAAAAGAAUAAUGAUAGCAAAAUUAAUUCUAAUGCAUCUUCAAAUUAACUUACUUCAAAAAAUGAUUAUUAAAUUUAGAUACAAAAAUGUUAUUUAAGGGAUAAGUUAGUAGAAAAUUAUUUAGUGAAUAUUAGUGAUGAUUUUAAAAAAUCAUGGAGAGGAGAAAUUUAAUAAAUGUUAAUUUAAUAUGAAUAAUAAGAGGAAAGCUUUUGUUUAGGAAUAUAUGAAAAUAAUAAAUUAUUAGGAUUAGUAUAAUGCUUUUUAGAACCAUCUUUAUAAGAAAGGAAAUUAAUGAUAAGUCAUUUUUCAACUGCAAAUCCCUAAUAGUUUUAAGAAUAUCUGAAAAUGAUAUUAUAAUUUAUUUGGAAUAUUGAUUUUUGUUAAGAAAUCAGAAUAUCUUUAUACCAUUAUAAUUAAAAUGAUUCUCUUUAGGCAAAUAAAGAGAUUAGUACAAAAUUAAAAGAAUUGAGUUUUAAGUGGAAGGUUGUUUAGAGUUUGAAUUCUGAAACUAGAUUUACAGUUAUGGGUAUAAAAGAGGUUUAUUUUAGCAAUUAGGCGGCCUGAAGAAUUUAAGAUAUCUCAAUAAUGUGAUCCAAUAUUUCUUUAACAUCUAUUCUUUACAAUAGAAAGAAACAAUAUAUUAUAAAAUGAAAACUAAUUCUAUUCAUUAAGUUGUUUGACAAAUUUAAAUACAAUAGUAGAUUUUUAAGAUGAAGAUGUCAAUUAAGUUAAAAAUACGCUUGUUCGAUCAGUAUCAACAUUUUAAUUAUAGCAUAGGGAUAUAAAUAUAAGGGUAUUAAACUAUAGGAAUAAACUAAAUAAUCUUUUCAUAAUUAUAUAUAUGAAUCCUUUGAGCAUUUGGAUGAAAUUAAUCCUUAUAAUAAUGAAAUAGAACAAUUACCAGAAAAGGUUAUUAGUAGUUUUAGUAAAGAAUGUUACAGAUGGUCUAAAUUUAAAUUAGCUCAUGAUAAUCAAUUGAUAUAUAAUUGUUUUAGACCAGAAAAGAAUGUAGAUGAUGCAAAGGUUUUCAUGUCAGAAUCCGAAGAAAUAAAAGUUUAUAUAAUAGCUACUGAUUAAGGGAAUGCUACUAUAUUUAUUUUUGAAUGUAUAUAAUUUAAGUAUCUUAUAAAGAUGAAGGUGAAUUGAGUUUUAAAUAAGUUUAAUAAAUUUUGAUGUAAUGUGGAACAUAAACUCCUUUAGAUUAAAAUCUAAAUAUUCCUCAAUUUACUUUGAAUUGCAAAUUUUAAGUAAAAGAAAAUAUUCUAGGGGUUGGAAGAUUUAGUACAGAAUAUCGACCUAAAAUGAUGGAUAUUGAAAAUACAGAAGGUUUGAUAAUUAAAACUCCAUUUGUAUUUGGUAUUAUAUUAAUAAUAGAUUUAGGUAUUAUAAAUGAAGAUUUUAAUGAACUUACUAACAUGCCUAAUUUGUUUUUUAAAGUAGAAGAACAACAUUGUUUCAAGUUUUGA